GUGGCUUGGGGAGUGAAUUAUUGGUCUUUGGAAGUGAUGGUAAGGGUUUAUUUUGCGGUUGACGCGACAAUCGACGUGAGGGAGGAGGGGUUGUUAGCGAAAUUAUUGGGAAAUCUAUUCCAGGACGAUUUGGCUCGGCCAGAUUCAGGUGUAAACGAGGAUUCAUCGGUUUUGUGCUGUAUAGCCGUUGGUUUUGGCCUGCUAGGGGCGACCGUGCCAGACAUUGGGUCGGGUCGAAGGGCUAAUCGUUUGAAACCGAAGACCCGCCACGCCACUGGGCACUACGUCACUGAUCAGCAGUUUUAUUUAGGGAUAUCACUGGCGUUCACACCCCCACCCACGGACCGACGGUUCCCCCACUCCCCUGGUUCUGAAACGAUGCACCCACAAGAUACAACCUCGGAGAAUGUUUUCAAUAUUCUCAAGGUUGUAUGUGUGCCCACUGUGGCGAAUAGUUCCGAUUCCGAUUCGUGCCUAAUCUUGGUGUUCCUAGUACUUGAUACGCAGUCCGGCAAACCAGCAGUCGGCGUCGAGGUGAUCAUCUCCCGUGCAGAAGGAAAUGGCACCUCCUUCUCAGCUAUGGCCACUGGGACUACUGAUGCAGACGGUCGUUGUACCACUCUUCUGCCACCACAAACUUUAUCAGCCGGAAUAUACAAAAUGACGUUUGCUACCAAGGCUUACUUUGCGGAGACGAACAGAGAUACCUUCUUCCCCGCUGUGGAGCACCCAGAACAGCACUAUCAUAUACCCCUUUUACUAAGCCCAUUCUCUUAUACAACAUAUCGCGGGAGUUAG